CAUCGGAAAAAAAUCGUUAAUAACCUUUACGUGACUAACCAGUCACACGCACGGAUAUAUUUGCGCACGGUACUUGUCAGUAUUUUCGGACUGACAGCUGUGCUAGCGCGAGAAGCCAGGAGUGGCGGAUCAUGUAAGGAUCUUCCAAGUCGACGAAACAACUCGCCAUCUCACGAGCAGUUGCACUGCCAAGGAGAUACGUCGGAAGAGUUGACAGAAUAGGCAGACGCAGGAACAAUAGCGGGCGAAGAAGGAGCGGGAGAUUCAGAGGAAUGACACGACCACCCAAUAAUGACAAUCUUACCGCCUUCAAGCUUGUCGUUGUUGGAGAUGGAGGUGUCGGGAAGAGCGCUCUUACCAUACAAUUCUUUCAGAAGCUAUUCGUUACAGACUACGAUCCGACCAUUGAAGAUAAUUAUAGUCAGCACACAGAAGUCGAUAAACAGUGGUGUGUCCUGGAUGUGCUGGAUACAGCCGGUCAAGAAGAAUUUAGUGCUAUGCGUGAUCAGUAUAUGCGGACGGGUGAUGGAUUUCUUAUGGUGUACUCUGUGACGGACAAACAGUCGUAUCAAAACAUCAUUCAUUUUUAUGAACAAAUUCUACGAGUGAAAGAUAGAGAUAUUUAUCCUAUGCUAUUGGUGGCUAAUAAAGUUGAUCUGGUGCAUUUGAGAAAAGUCUCCGAGGAACAGGGAAGAGAAUUGGCUCAUCGUUUGGGUGUACCUUACAUUGAAACUUCUGCCAAAGACCCACCGCAGAACGUGGAGGCUGCAUUUCACGAGGUUGUCCGUAUUAUCAGGAAUCACACACGGGCCAUAAUGGAGAAAAAUCAAAAGAAACGGCAGCGUUCGAGAAAGUGUAAUAUCUUAUAAGUUUCAAAGAUGUAGUAUACGUACGUACAUGCUUGUGCAAGAAUUAAGGACCGCGGUGCUGCGUCGUAAUCGCAUAACAUCUUCACCUCCGAGAAGGUACAUCCUUGAUGCAUUGUUCGGAUCUAUCGGAACGAAUGAAAUCUUCUGUCCUCCGAUAUAGGUAUCUAUAACUAGUCUUUCUUUCGUUUUCCCGUUUGUUUUUUUACCACUGUGUACGAAUAAGUACUGCGGAACAUCCUCCGUUACGUAGUACACUUCGUGGAUGUAACAUCCGUUGAGAACGAAUAUCAGAGAGAGCGUGCCAAUGAACAACAUAAAAGUUCUGACGUUCGUAUCGCACGAAUGAGAAAUUAAUUUUUCUAAAUCCAAUUCUGAAUUAAUUUAAUAGUAGCCAAAAAUAAAAGAUAGGAGAGACAUUGAGUAUUCAUCUGCUGCGUAUAAUAAAUCGAGACUACGUCUCUAUCGACGCGUGCACAUCAAUUUUCUACCAUCGAAAAAAAAAAA